GUCAAAGCUGAGAAGUUCACAUGAGCAAUCCAGCAGCGAACUAUGGUCUAUAUAGCUCAGUGUCACCUUUUUUAUUUUAAGCCAUUGGGCCUGCGUGUUGUUUUUAGCUCUAGCUCUCUCUUUCUUUCUUCUAAUCCUGUUUAGCCCUUUUUUAAGCACACUCCUUUGAACUACUCUUACACUAUGAAAAACUUUUCGGUCGAAGUAGGCCCUGAACAACCGAACGGCGGUCGUAUCCGACGCGCCACUUCUUCACCCGACGCACUCGUCACUAUUCCUGACCCAAACGUUCGCACGCUCUAUGAUGUGCUCGAAAACAGCAAAAACAAAUACGGAGACAGGCGCGCCUUUGGAUUCCGCAAGGUCGAGCAGAUCAUUGAGGAAGAAAAGGAAAUCAUCAAGGUCAUUGACGGUGUUGAGCAAAAGACGAAAAAGACCUGGAAGUAUUUCCAGUUGUCAGGUUACCAAUACCUUAGCUAUAACGCUGCUUCAAAACUUGCUCAUGAAAUCGGUGCUGGCUUUGCUCAUCUUGGUUUGACAUAUAAAGCAAAAGUCGAGAUCUUUGCUCCUACAAAUGCACAUUGGUUGGUGACAGCACACGCCCUAUUUACGCAAGGAUCGACAAUCGUAACAGCUUACGAUACGUUGGGCGAGGAAGGGCUGUUGCAUUCAAUGAACGAGACGGAGGUGGAGGCUAUCUUUACGACAGGUGAACUGUUGUCGACUGUUGCCAACGUGAUUGAUAAAUGCCCUACCUGCAAAUAUGUCGUAUACAACGGUGAAGCGACCGAAGAGGCAAUCAAAAGCGUCAAGAAGGGAUCCGUCGAGCGGGUUGUGUCCUUUGAUGAAUUGGCCCGCAUUGGUAAAGAACAUCCUUGUGAGCCUCGCAAGCCAGAGCCCGAGGAUCUGUCCUGCAUCAUGUACACCUCUGGCAGCACUGGCAAUCCCAAGGGUGUCAUGCUUACUCACAAAAACAUUGUCGCUGCUAUCGGAGCCUGUAACAAACUUUUGGGCCACUUGGUUACUUCAAAGGAUAGCAUGAUGGCAUAUCUGCCACUAGCCCAUAUUCUUGAGUUUGUCGUGGAGAAUGUGUGUAUUUUCUGGGGUGUUACACUUGGUUAUGCCUCAAUCCGUACCCUUACCGACAACAGUGUCCGCAACUGUAAGGGCGAUAUUAAAGAGUUUCGACCGACAGUGAUGACCGGUGUUCCUCAAGUAUGGGAAUCCAUCCGAAAGGGUGUUUUGGGCAAAUUGAACGAAGCGUCUCCUCAGGCGCAAAAGAUUUUUCACAAGGCAUUUGCAACCAAAAUAUGGCUUAUGGAACGUAAGCUUCCUACCGGCUUUUUAGACAAAACGGUGUUUGGAAAGAUCAAGGAGCAAGUUGGUGGCAGACUUCGGUUCGCACUCUCCGGUGGUGCCCCUGUCUCCUUAGAGACCCAGCGUUUCUUGUCGGUAGCCUUGUGUCCUAUUCUCGGUGGUUAUGGCAUGACAGAAAGUUGCGGCAUGUGCGGUAUAGCGUCACCGGAGCAAUUUGCAUACGGUAUAGUUGGUGCGCCAGUACCAUGCUGUGAGAUUAAGCUCGUCGAUGUGCCUGACGCCAACUACUUUUCAACAAAUACACCAAAGCCUCAGGGUGAAGUUUGGGUCAGAGGCCCUUCUAUCACAUCUGGUUAUUGGAAGCGUGAAGACUUGACCAAGGAAGCACUGACGGAAGAUAACUGGCUUCAAACGGGUGAUAUUGCCGAAUGGAACGCCAACGGCACAUUGACCAUUAUCGAUCGUAAAAAGAAUUUGGUCAAACUCAGCAACGGUGAAUACAUUGCAUUGGAAAAGCUUGAAUCAAUCUACAAGAGCUGUGUUUAUGUCAACAACAUUUGUGUCUAUGCCGACUCGUUGUGUGCACGACCCGUCGCAUUGGUUGUACCUGUCGAGGCUCCUGUUCGCAAAUUAGCAGGCGAACAAGCAAUUCCAUCGGAUGAAUGGGCGGAUAUCUGCAGGGACCCAUUGAUCAAAAAGACUAUCUUGGCCAAUCUGCUGAAGACUGGCAAAGAUGCAGGUCUCAAGCCUGCAGAGACCCUGUUCGAUGUCUAUUUGUGUGAUGAGGAAUGGACCGUCGAAGGUGGUUUGAUGACGGCCGCACAGAAAUUGAAGCGAAAUGAUAUCGUAAAGACAUUCAAGGAGCAGUUGGAUGCCAUGAACGCUGCCCAAGGAAAAUAAUUUACUAUACUCAUUUCUCUAUUGCUUGCUAUAUUACUCUACUCAUCAUUUUAAGCUAAUAUCAUUACGUACCCAUAUCACUUUAAUUUCGAUAAAGUCCUUUCUUUCUUCCCUCUCUCUCUUCAUCCUCGUGAUAGACUGUUUUCUAACCCUGAAACCUACCGGAGUCCAGUAGAGCUACUUUGAGUUGUGCAGUGAACAUUUGAAUGAAUUGAAUCAAAAGGGAGAAACAGUGAUGUGCUGUUGCUCG